GCAAUCGUGUCAAGCAGAAGAGCUAUUAAGAAGCAUCUCACAACAUGAGGUUUUCUUAUCAGCUGUGUUUUCUUACAUGUUUGGUCCUUGCGGUUCAUGCAGGACCGAUAUCACAACCCGCUGCCACACAACCUGCUGCCACAGAUGAUGAUGUUGUGGAGAAGUACCUGAAGAGGUUCUACAAUCUAACGGAAGAAACUCCUGGUGUAUUUCGCCAUGGAUUUAGUCAAAUGAAGGAAAAGGUGAAAGAGAUGCAGGCGUUUUUUGGCCUUAAGGUGACUGGAAAGGUGGACCAGGAGACGCUAAAGGUGAUGACGAAACCUCGCUGUGGAGUUCCAGACGUUGCUGCAUACUCCACAUUUGGAGAGGGUGCCAAAUGGAAAACCAACAAGCUUACAUACAAGAUUGUAAAUUACACCCCUGAUAUGUCGGUAGCUGAGGUGGAUAAAAGCAUCGAGAGAGCACUGCAGGUCUGGGCCAAAGUCACUCCUCUGAAAUUUACACGUAUCAACAACGGUGUAGCUGACAUCAUGAUCUCCUUUGGAUCAGAUAAUCAUGGUGAUUUUUACCCAUUUGAUGGAUCGGGAGGGACUCUUGCUCAUGCUUUUGCUCCUGGUGCUGGAAUUGGCGGAGACGCACAUUUCGAUGAAGCCGAAACGUUCACUUUCAGUUCAUCAAGGGGGUUUGUCCUCUUCCUGGUGGCCGCCCAUGAGUUUGGUCACUCCCUGGGUCUUUCUCAUUCAAAUGUUGGCGGCGCUCUCAUGUACCCCACGUACAGCUUUAGGGAUAUAAAUAGCUUCUCUCUUUCAUCCGAUGACAUCAAAGGAAUUCAGUCUAUUUAUGGUCCAAACACUGAUGGAACCCGCAUUAUUCCUGAUCCCCAACCGCCGACGGCUCCUGACGCCUGUGAUCCUAAAUUGAUCCUGGAUGCAGUUACAACUAUGCGUGGAGAAACAUUGUACUUCAAGGACCGUUACGUGUGGCGUAGUUCCCAAUACAGAGGUGUGGAGCAACAUCUCAUCAAAAGCUUCCUGCCAAACAUCCUAAAUAACAUAGAUGCAGCUUAUGAGAGUCCAAAUAAUAAAGUCUUUAUUUUCAAAGGUCAAUAUUUCUGGGCACUUUCUGGCUUUAACGUUGAGAAGGGAUAUCCCAAAUCCCUCACCGCACUGGGUCUGCCACGAUCUGUGAGAAAAAUCACUGCUGCUGUCUAUGACCAAGAGUCUCAAAGAGCAUUGCUCUUCGCUGACAACUAUUACUAUAGUUUUGAUGAGAGAACGGGCAAGAUGGACUCAUGGUAUCCCAAAAGAGUGGAUGCUGGAUUUCCAGGGAUGAUUGGAGUUGUCACAGCAGCCCAUUAUGACAGAGGUUACAUAUAUCUUUACAGCGGGACAAAUGUGUUUGAGUUCUACAGAAGGCGGCUGUACCAGGUGCUUCAAAGCACGUCCUUGCUGCCCUGUAGGGCUAAUUCUCCAAAAUGAAUGAAAUGUGAAAGAUGUCAAACUAAACUAUUUUAAAAACUGUAGCAUAAAUGUAUACAUUUCUUUGCAUCUACUGUAUUUAACUUGCCAUUGAACUGCCUACUGUAAAUGUUACAUGUAACAUUAUAAAAUGCAAUUGUGUUGCUUUUUAAAUAAACUUGAUUUUUUUAAUAACUUAA